AUGACAACCAAAACCAACAGUAGCGUUCUGGCUGGCAAAGCGUCCUCCUGCCCCCUGUUGUCUUCUCCCCCUCGUCAACGUCUAGUCACCAAAGAUGGACACUGUACACUUAAUGCCCCUGCCUGCCCCUCAGACUCGUGGCGCAGGAACUGGGGCAGAGUCUGGCUGCUGGCGCUGCAGGAUUUGUGGGGACUAUUGGUGAGUCUGCGCUGGAGAUGGGUACUCCUCGCCUUCUGUGCAUCCUUCAUUGCCCACUGGCUGUUGUUUGCCUGCUUGUGGUACUUGCUGGCCCAUCUCAAUGGAGACCUUGCUGUGAAAAAUCAUGAUGACCCCCCACAGGAUCACGUGGUUUGCGUGAAACAUAUUACAAGUUUCACUGCUGCCUUCUCCUUCUCUCUUGAGACCCAGCUGACCAUUGGCUAUGGCACCAUGUUCCCCAGUGGAGACUGUCCCAGUGCUAUAGCACUGCUGGCUGUGCAGAUGCUGCUGGGGCUUAUGCUGGAGGCCUUCAUCACAGGUGCAUUUGUAGCCAAGAUUGCUCGCCCUCAGAAGAGAGCAGGAGCCAUCGAGUUCAGUCCACAGGCAGUAGUGGGCCAGCACCAGGGCCAGACGUGCCUCAUGAUACGAGUCACUAAUCUUAUUCAGCGACCUCUACUGGACGUGAAGGUGAGUGCAGUGCUCUAUGAGGAACAGGAAGGCCAGGCUCUGUACCAGACCUCGCUGGACUUCCACUUGGACCAUUUAGGCCAACAGUCAUGCCCCUUCUUUAUUUUUCCGCUUACUUUUUACCACCGACUGGACCGCCAGAGCCCUCUCUACCCUUUUCUUUGCGAAGGCACAUCCAAACACUUUGAGCUGGUCAUUUUCCUAACAGCAGUGCAAGAGGGAACUGGUGACUCCUGCCAGAAGAAAACGUCUUACUUACGACAAGAAAUUCAGUUUGACCGGCGAUUUCUGCCUGCCUUGGGGCUGGAUGCUCGGGGCAGGUACUUGGUGAGCAAAGAGCACUUUGACACCGCCCACUCCAAGGAGCCUUUGAACAAAGAUUGUGUGGUUCAAAUCAAUGGUGAUGACACUGACAGGAUGGAGUAAACAUGAUAAACAGGAGCUCCAACUUGGACAGCAGGAGGGGUCCUUUGCACAUGGAUAUUUUGGUCAGGAGUUUCCAGCUAACUUUAUUUUUUGACAUGUAAAAUACUGUCAGGAAUAGGUGAUCCUGUUUGUUUCCAUCAGUAGUUCCACCUGUGCAUUUCAGUCUGAAGUCUGUGCAGCCUCUGCCUUUGCUCCUUACCUGAUUUACUUGGGUCAGUUUGUCCAAACUGUGUUAAGAUGCAAGUAAAGAAGGUGCAGCAGAAGAAUAAAAUACUGUCUGAAGCUGCGGAUAAAUAAAAUGCCUUAAUUUAGAUUGGACAUGUUGCAUAUUACAUGAUUCACAUUUUCAUCAUCUGAUCUGACUUGAAUAAGAUACAGCCUUUAACAAAAUCAUUGAACUGCUUUUGGAUAUGUUCACCAGUGUUAAUGACAACUGUUACCAGUUCAAACAUAU